ACAUAAAGAAAAUGUUAAAAGAGCCCCUAUUACUACAAAUCACUGUGUCCAGACACCAGCAGUUAUUAAAUUCACCUUUCUGCUAUCUACUGCCCUAGAGUUGCUGGCCUGUCACAUGACAAAAGGAAGUUGCUCUUUCCUUCUCCUGUUGACUUUAGGGAACUUGCUGUAACUUCUCAGUCCCUUGCUUGUCUUAGAGGCAUCCAGAGGGAAAAAAAAAAAAUCUCACUUUCUGAUACUCAAAGCUAGAAACUUCUUUACUCUCUUAGUCUGUAUGAGGUAAAAAUACGAAAGAUUUUCACCCUUGUUUUUCAUUCUAUCUCUUCAUGGCAGGUCACUGCUGUCAGAUCUUUGCGGUUUUGUGCGGUACAGUGGCAGGGGCACUGGAUCAUCUUUACAUGGGAGCUCUGUGGCUUUUCAUUCCACAUUUAUAGAGUGAGGCCAGAGGGCCCAGAAUAAUUUUUACCCUUUGUGCAACAAAAUAUGAGGAAAAAUUUUCCCUCUCCUGGUUAUGAGUAAUAUUUCCUUCUUGGUGCUAUGUAUGGAAUGGCAUCUAUAGCAUUAAUGCUUCUCUUCUGCAAUGCAGUGUUGUGUUCAAAAGUUAGAGCUUCGGUGAGAUGGAGGCAUUAUCUGCUGCUCUCUUCUCCUUAAUGUCACUCUGAGAUGGGACAUGCCCUGUCUGGGACCAAAAGGUUGGUGAAAGCCAGGGUGAGAGAAAGUAACAAAUCAUGGAGUUUGCUGACUCAUCUAUUGAUCAACUGUGACUUUUAUCAGGGACCUGCAUCUCUGAUUUCUCUAAUACUGAAUGCAGCCUGUGAACCUGCAUCUCCUCUCUUUAAGAUGCUCUGCAAGUGCCUCUGGCUGUAUAAAGCUUAGUGAGCCCAUGUCCCGUGGUGUCACCUAGCCUGUUGCACAUCCCAGAUUUCUGAUCAGGAAAGGAUUGCAUGCCUGCACUCUGUCUCUUCUGAACAACUGCAUUGGGAAGGGCUGACAUCCAACAAUUACAGCAUCAAAAUCUAUUCACAUAUGAUGGCAAGGGUUAAAUCAGGAGCAGACACCUCAGCAUCUAUGGCAUACAUGCCAUACAGCAUGUACAUGUCUGUUUUGGUUAUAGGAUAUCCCAAAACCUCAGAUGGGAUCCUUCUCUAAAUUCUAAUCCUGGAGGGGAGGCAGGAUGCAGUAAAGAACAGUAUCAUGUUAAACUGCUUCCCCACGGGCAUUACAAAAGACAGGUUCUUUUGGAGAACUGUGUGUAUCUGUGCAGGGGAGAAAAGGUUUCAAGAGAGGAACAAGGACAUAGGGAACCAGAUGAAAAAGCUUGCUGCGGGAGUACUGAGCAGGAGAUGAACAUGGACCUGAGCUGUGUCAUACUCCUAUGUGUCUGUGUUGGGGCCAAGAAGGAGCUGGUACCUAAGAGGCAGGGCAGAGGCUGUUCUUGCCACCUCUCCAAGAUACAGCAAAGGAUGAAGGCAGGCAGAAUUUUCUGCUUUAACUUUGAUCAGCAAUGGCCCUUUAAGGCAGAGCAAGGCGUGCAGUAUGGACACUGCCCAGUCCAAAGCCAGCAGACACGUGAACUCUCCCCAGGUGGGCAGUGCCAGGCUGGCACAGCGAGGCCUCCUCACCCUUCCUGAAGACAGAGGGAGUCUGAUUGAACUUGCUGGCUCCCACUCACUCUGCCCCAAUUUUCCUCAGGACAAAUGAGAAGAACCUGUCUCCAAGCGCAAGAUUUUGGGAAUAUGUGUCAGAGAUGCCUGUAAAACAUCCGUCUUGCCCUAAUUUCUGCAUGGAGUGCUGCAAUGUCGAGUGAAAUAACCUUCCAAGCUGGCUCUGGUGCAGAGGUAUUUUGGCUUAUGUUAUUGCUGAGAGCUUUCUUUCUGAUGAGCUCUUUCUGCCUCUCUGUGUUUCUGAUGUCUGACUCUCUUCGCUCUUCUUUUUCCCUUGGGCUGGGAUGUGUGCUGCUGGCAAUGCAUCAGGAAGUAAUACGCAAUGAGAAAACUCUCAUCAUCUGUGCAUCAGGGAGAGAAUUACUGACUGAGUGCUGAGCAGUCAAGUUAUUGAUUCAAACCAAAGCCCAGUCUCUCUGUCUGCUGGGCUGGUUAUAUCCUGCUGGUUCAUUGCAUUUAAUCGGAUUCCCUGAGCUGCCACGCAGAGGGGGCGAGUUAGAACCAGAUCCAUCUAUAAUGUUCGCUUCAAAAUCCAGUUCUGUGUCCCCUUCUCCGUCCAUGGAACAGGCAGAUUCGGAUGCUCUGGACAUCAGCACCAAAGUGCAGCUGUACGGUGUGCUCUGGAAGAGACCCUUUGGGAGGCAGUCAGCCAAAUGGUCCAGGAGGUUCUUCAUCAUUAAGGAAAGCUUCCUGCUGUACUAUGCUGAGAGUGAGAAGAAGAGUUUUGAAAGCAAUAAAUACUUCAAUAUCCAUCCCAAGGGUGUUAUACCCCUGGGAGGCUGCAUUGUGGAGCCCAAGGAAGAGGCCAACAUGCCUUACGCCAUAAAGAUCUCUCAUGAAGACUUCCAUGGUAACAUUGUUCUAGCAGCCGAAUCAGAGUUUGAGCAGGCUCAGUGGCUGGAGAUGCUACAGGAGUCUGGAAAAGUGACCUGGAAGAAUGCCCAGCUAGGAGAAGCCAUGAUCGAGAGCCUGGAAGCUCAAGGACUACAGCUGGCCAAGGAGAAGCAGGAAUAUUUAGAUAAACUAAUGGAAGAAACAGAAGAGCUAUGUCUGCAGAGGGAGCAAAAAGAGGAACUUGAGCGUCUGAACCAGAUCCUGGAAGCAGAGAAGCAGCGUUUUGAAGAGGUGGUGCGGGAGCUGCGGCUGGAGCAGGAGGAGAUCAGACGGGAGCUGGAGCUCACAGCCCGCUCCCUUAAAGGAGUGGAGGAAGAAAAGAAAGAGUUGCGAAGCCUGACACAGUCCUUACAGAACACCCUAGAGGAGCUCUCCCUGGAAAAACAACAAAUGCUGGAGAUGCUGGAAGAAAAUGAGAGCCAGAUCCCACCUUCAACCAGCCCCAGCAAAGAGCAAAGCCCCAUCUGGGGUCUGCACUGCAGCCUGCGACAGAUUGAAGAGAAGAUGCAGCAACUUCUGCAGGAGAAACUCUUGGCAGAGAAAAGGAUGAAGGAGAAUGAGGAGCGGUCUCGAGCACUGGAGGAGGAGCGGGAGUUUUACUCUUCCCAGUCGCAAGCGCUGCAGAACUCGCUCUCGGAGCUGACUGCAGAGAAACAGCAGGCAGAGAGAGACCUCAAGGCUGAAGUGAAGGUUCGCAUGGAUCUGGAGAAGAGACUGAGAGAAGCUGAGGAAGCAUUGCAGAGCUUGGAGCAAGGCUUAAAUUCUCUGAAUUGCAACAAGGAGAAAGAGAAGAAGAUGAAAGCAGAUGUCAGUAACUUGAGAAAGUUCUUUGAAGAGUGCAUCCGCAACGCUGAGCUGGAGGCCAAGAUGCCUGUGAUCAUGAAGAACUCUGUGUACAUCCACAAGGCUGCCACUCGCCGCAUAAAGAGCUGCCGCUUCCGCUGCCGGAGAACCAGCGCUUCAUGGAACGACAUGAAACAGUCGCAGUCCUUCAUCUUCUCGCAUGCAGAAGCUGAAAACAUUGAGGAGCUGAAAGAAGCAGCCAAAAGACUGAGCCGGGACCAGCGCUUUAGGAAAACCAUCUAUCAAAUCAUGAGGUCACAAAAGGAUUCUGCUGCAGGGGACAAAAAGUGACUCUUCUUGGGAGGGGGCUGCUGAGAUCAACCUGCCAUUCCGCUCUGCAAAAGUUACAGCCUUGGGCACUAGGCCCAGAAGGGAGAUGUGGUAUUUGGUGGGGAAGGUGGGAGAGAGUUGUGUGUAGGCAAUCCCUUCAGUUUUUGGCUUUGCUUUAGUUUGAGUGCUCCCUGCAGCCUGGCAGACCUUCUCUGCUGAUCACUCCAGACCUGUUUGCUUCAGCUGCUUAAAUUCAGCCGUGUUUUGCCAAGAUGCCACAGUUGGUAUAAAAGUGAACCAGAGACCGUAGCUUAGGAAGUGUCUCUCCUUUCCUUCCCUGUGUAGUCUGUCUGCCAAACACAAGUGCUUCUGAGGAAGCCUUUAGCAGCCUAUGUCCCAGCUAGUGUAAUCUCCUCAGCUGAGCACAGCUCACCCUGUUCUGCCUGAUCCCCUUUAGGAGAUGGCUCGCUGCACAUCCUCAGUCAAUCAGCACUUUGGUGGGGCACGUUUCCUGAAGGCUGCAGCAGUCCCAGCCUCCCGAGCAUAGGCAAAAGUAUCAAACACAGGGCCAAACUUUUUGUCUUGAUGCUACAUCAUUUCAAGCAAACAGCAACAACACAAGGUGAAGACAACAGGGGGAUGCUGUGGAUUUGGGUCCAAGGAGGAUCAAGUACAGAGAAAAGCUUAUAGGCAACUCAACGGCAUCGAUGCAAGCUUGAGAGAGGGUUCUGUUGUGUUCAUGGUGGGCAGAACAUUCCAGGGCCACCUAUGCACAUUUUUUGCACUGGGAUGUCUAGCUGUGUCAGAACAGGGGAAUAUGUGCAAGGAAAGGUGGUAGCUAUUGGCUAUCUAUUCCUCAGUGUGAAGAAGCCUUUGUCUCAGUUUUGAUGGCUUCCUCAAUACCUCUGUAAAAUGAUUUUGAGGGCAGGAGGGUGAGGACUGUCCAGCAACAAAACCCAUUACCACUUCAGGCAGGCUGUCAGGGCUGUGGAAGAGGAGUACAGGAGAGGAGUCACUUUGUUGUGGAGCCCCUUGCAGCCUCUCCCACCUAUUUUAAGGAAGAAGUUGGCUAAUAAUUACCUGUGCUGUAGAAAAAGCACUGCCUGGUGCAUACAGAGCACAGGAUAAGCACAUUCUGUUUUCUCCUGCAUAUUAAUUGGGAAAUAAAGAAAGAGACAAUACAAAGGUGAAUAAAGUUAGCAGCAGAAAUACGGCUAGGGGGUGGUAAAGUGCAGAUUUACUGUACCUUUCAUGGCAUCAGGACCCCUGGGUAUUUUGUAUGUCCAGUGACACACAGAUAGUUGCUUUGCUACUGUCCCAUUCAGACUGUGGCAGUGUCCGCUCACAGCCUUUGGCUUCUGGCCACCUACAUAAUUCCCUACCAACUGAGUGUUGUUCCUAGGGAGAAGUCAAAAAUGAGGCUGGGAAGCAAACCUUGGCUUACCAGCCAGAGGAGAGGGGUUAAUGCUGGGUGGAGGAGCAUCCUGUGAUGGAGUGAUCCUCCUGGAUGGAAUCCCUGUAGUGUGACCAGAGGAAAAGCUUUGAAAGCACAGCCUGUACUUCCCAUUUCAGUCAGUUGCUGACUAGUAUCCUUCUGCCAGGCAUUUGGGAGGGUUAAUCCAAUCAGAAGAUCCAUCUCUGAAGGCUGAUAUUUUUGUGAUAACAGGUGAUAUGGUAGGAGAAGAUAGUUUCCAUCCUUCCUUAGCAUACCAAAUCCUUCUGUGGUUUACCUACUUGUGUUUAUAUGCUAGAAAGCCACAAAUGAAUUCUUGCUCCUACAAGGCUGAAGGGCUGUGAUAAAACAAUACAGAAAUUAUUUUUUUUUUCCUUUAUGCUGUUUCCAAACCAUCUCUAGCUAUUUUCCAGUUACAAGGUCUCUAUUAGGUGAUGCUGGAAGGGACAGAAUAGAGGUUAGCUAGGGAAUGCAUCUGUAAUGCAGGCAGUUAGGAAAAUCACCCUGUGGCCUGUGAACACAGCAUUUUUGUUCUAUUACCAUCAAAGCCACAAUAUCUGACUCUUCAAAAGUAUUGUAUGCAGGAGGUAGCCACAUCAGGUCUUCCUUUACUGUUCAUAUUGACAGCAAUAAGUAAAUAAAAGUUAUGCUGACACUAGAA